AUGUCAAAUUUUUCGACUAGAGAUGCUAUUGAUUGUGGUUUUAACACUGCUUAUUCUCAUGGAUCAAGCUUAACUUAUUUAUGUGGUUCAAAAACUGUUAUAGGAGGAUUUAAAUAAUGUGGAAACUAAUCUUCUACUAAUACAUGUGGAAGAGAUUAUCCUAAUGAAGAAUAUUAAUAAGCGAAUAUCGAAUAUAAAUCAAAUAGUAAUAAAGUUAAUAUUUCAAUUAGUAAUGAUUUUAAUAGUGAUACUAACUCUUAUUUUAGAUCUUUUGGUAUUAGGGAAUUUGUAUUUUAUGUUUAUGAAUGCAUGCCUUAAUGUGCUGGAUGUACUAACGAUACUUCUUGCAGUUCUUGUUAUGAAGGCUAUUAUUUAAAAAUAGAUAAUUGCUUAAAUUGUAUAAAUUAAUGCUAAAAAUGUACAGAUGGAAUUUCUUGUAAAUAUUGUAAAAGGGGAUAUUUUUAUAAUGAUUCUUUAUGUGUUUCUUUAUGCCCAAAAGGUAAAUAUCCAGAUGAUUAUACAAGAACUUGUAAGGAUUGUAAUAAUAAAUGUGCAACUUGUUCUAAUGCGACUGAUUGUGAUACAUGUUUUGGUAAUAGGGUUGCACCUGCUUGUGAAUGCCCUGCUGAUAAUUAUGAUAGUUUCAAUUAUACAUUAUCUUGUAUUGGAUGCUCUACUAUCGGAUGCUCUAUUUGUAAUGCUACUACGUGCUAAGCAUGUCUAUCGCCUUAUUUUUUAGAUGUAAAUUCAUGUGUAAAAGUUUGUCCUCCUGGUAAAUGGGGGAAUACGGCAAAUAGAUAAUGUACAGCUUGCUUAGCUAAAUGUGCAACUUGUUCUAAUGCGACUGAUUGUGAUACAUGUUUUGGUAAUAGGGUUGCACCUGCUUGUGAAUGCCCUGCUGAUAAUUAUGAUAAUUUCAAUUAUACAUUAUCUUGUAUUGGAUGCUCUACUAUAUCUAUCGGAUGCUCUAUUUGUAAUGCUACUACGUGCUAAGCAUGUCUAUCGCCUUAUUUUUUAGAUGUAAAUUCAUGUGUAAAAGUUUGCCCUCCUGGUAAAUGGGGGAAUACGGCAAAUAGAUAAUGUACAGCUUGCUUAGCUAAAUGUGUAACUUGUUCUAAUGCGAAUGAUUGUGAUACUUGUUUUGGAAACAGGAUUGCACCUGCUUGUGAAUGUCCUGCUUAUAAUUAUGAUAAUUUAAAUUAUGCCUUAUCUUGUAUUGGAUGCUCUACUAUAUCUAUCGGAUGCUCUAUUUGUAAUGCUACUACGUGCUAAGCAUGUCUAUCGCCUUAUUUUUUAGAUGUAAAUUCAUGUGUAAAAGUUUGUCCUCCUGGUAAAUGGGGGAAUACGGCAAAUAGAUAAUGUACAGCUUGCUUAGCUAAAUGUGAAACUUGUUCUAAUGCGAAUGAUUGUGAUACAUGUUUUGAAAAUAGAGUUCCUUAAUAAUGUAAUUGUCCUCAAUAUUCUUAUAAUCCUAAUGUUUUCAAUUAAGCCUGUACAAUGUGUUCUACUUUUUCAACUGGAUGUACUACAUGCAGUUCAAUUGAAUGUCUUACAUGCGAAACUCCUUAAUAUUUUUAAUUAAACUAAAAUAAAUAAUGCGAUUCAUGUUUAACUAUAAUGGCUAAAAUAUAUUUUAACGAUGAUUUAUUAUCUUUAAUUAUAGAUUUUGGUUAUUAUUAUAGUAAUUUGAAAUAUUUUAUGUUCUUUUGA